AUGGGCCACGUACAAGUACUGCAAGAACGGAAGAAUUAUCAUCAUUAUUUUGCUACAAUUGUCGCAAACAUAAUUGAAUUUUCCAGGCUCUUUUUUAAGAUCGUUCGCAAGAGUUAUACCAAUGCUGUACAGAGAUUCAGUGUUACUCCGAAAAAAUUCUUGGUGAGAUCAAUCGGCGGCUACGUAAUAAGUAAAAGUGAAAAGGAUACUCUUGGGCCAUUCGUUGUGUACAAAUCUAAUCUGAUAGACGGAUUAGAUGGCAUUGAUGGACAGGCUGAAUUUGCUAAAUUUGAAAUUGAAGAAUACGACAAUUCCUAUUGGGCUCUUGUCUUAUUAUCUGAUAACAAACGUGUACUUGGUUUAAAAGAAAUAAAGGGCAACAAAUAUGAAUUGCUUUUUGUGGAAGUCAAUGAAGAUAUGAAAUCAUUUUCAAAACAAUUGAAGGAAGUGAAAAAAAGCAACUGGCAUUAA